UAUAAAAGUCCCAACACUUCUUGAAAAACACUUGAUUUACAUUCAUCGAUUCGGUUUCCGUCCUCUAAGUCCUUCCAACUACCAAGUAUCAUUCUGCUAGCUACAACGUCUCUUUCCAACUUCUACCUUCAAGCACACCAACGUACCUUAGAAAUGUCUCACUAUGGAAUCAGUACGGAAGGCACAACCAUUGUCUCGGACUUCAAGGAUCAAGUGAAAGGAAGAAUUUUCCUAAUCACCGGCCCAAGUCAAGGUGGCAUUGGCGCUGAGACAGCCAUCUCUCUCGCCCAUGGAUCACCCGCAGCUAUCCUCCUCCUUGGCCGUUCCCUUCCAAAGAUCCAGCCUACAAUCGAUGCCAUCCAUGCUAUCGACCCAUCUAUCACCACAAAAUUCAUCCCCAUCUCACUCGACUCCCUCGCUAGCGUUCGUGCGGCCGCUUCAUCUAUCCUUAACGAUGAUUCGAUCCCAAAACUCGACGUAGUUAUCAACAACGCAGCCAUAAUGGCCUGCCCCUACGGCCUUAGCACCGAUGGCUUCGAGCUCCAACUCGCGACAAAUUACCUUUCACACUUCCUCCUCACCAAUCUCCUCAUGCCGAAAAUCCUCCUGGCUGCGCCAAAUGCACGUGUCAUCAAUGUCGCUAGUGUGGGCCAUUUCGCGUCUGAUAUCCGAUAUGAUGACCCAAAUUUCACAGGAGGGAAAGACUACGUCGCCACGGUCGCCUACGGUCAAGCCAAGACAGCAAACGUCCUCUUUUCAGUUGGGCUUAAUGAGAAAUUGGCCGGAAAAGGGGUGAGAAGUUUUGCACUGCAUCCAGGUAGUAUUGUGAGUGGGCUGCAGAAAUAUUUUACGCCUGAGGCGAUGGCUGAGGCGCUGGCGCAAUGGGAAGAAUCGGGAAAAAAGAUGCCAACAAGUAAAACCUUGCAGCAGGGGUGCUCGACAACUUUAAGAGCGGCUCUCGAUCCGAGUUUGGCGGAGCAGAACAUGGUUUAUUUGGAUGAUUGCCAACCCAGUGAGGAUCCGGAGAUAGUUCAGCCGUAUGCGAUUGAUGGGGACAAUGCCAAAAGGUGUUGGGUUAUGAGUGAAGAAAUGAUUAGCGAGAAAUUUGAGCUCUAGAUUCAGGUAGCAAAAUUUCAAG